AUUAAAUAUAGGUUGAAAAUGAUUUACGAAUCAUUGUAUUCUGUUUUUAUUUAUGUUUAACACAAUGUGCCAACUUAAUUGGAAUGGAGUUUGUUUAUGAAUAUAGAAUUAUGUGUUUUUGCCCAGUAAUAAGGCUGGAAAGUAAUUGGUUACUAGCAGCCUUUAAGCAGCUCUGUCACGGGCAUUACAUGGCCACUUCCAAACAAAGCAGUCCGACCCCACCACCCCACCAUCCUUCACAAAUGCCUUUCUGUCCUUCAUAAGAGCAUUAAGCAAAGAUUUCUCAUGUGGCACCAAGUGGGAAUAGACUAACCAUAGUGUACGUAGACGGAAAGAAGUCAGGCGUUGCACAAUUAUGAUUUAAAUGAAUAAUUUGUCUGAUUUAACAGUUUCUCUUUCACAUAACAUUGUAUUGUUUUUCCGAUGUUUGUCUUCCAGGUCAGCGCAACGCCACUUCAGAGCCUAGAGGCAGAGUAAGCAUGGAGUUUGUUUACGAGCUUUUAGGGGACAAUGCUUGGCUGUACAUAAGUGCCACCUUUGCCGUGUUGUGGAUUGCCGCGUGGUUGUACAGAGACAGCCUGGAGAUUGAAGACGUGUCCAACAAAUACGUCUUUGUGAGCGGCUGUGACUCAGGCUUUGGAAACCUUCUGUGCAAGAAGCUAGAACGAAAGGGCUUCCAUGUGUUGGCUGGCUGCCUGACCGAAAAAGGAGCCGAGGAGCUGAAGAAGAUGACGGGGCCCUACUUGAAGACGGUACUACUGGACGUGACGAGUCAGGACAGCAUCCAGAAAGCCAUGGAGUGGACCAAGAAGGAGGUUGGCGACAGUGGGCUCUGGGGUAUUGUGAACAACGCCGGCCGCUCUCUGCCCAUGGGUCCCACCGAGUGGAUGAAAGUGGAAGACUUCCACAGCACGCUCAAGGUCAACAUGAACGGUGUGAUCGGCAUGACCGUGACUUUCCUUCCCUUGGUCAAGAAAGCCCGAGGGCGCGUGGUCAACGUGGCAUCUGUACUGGGCCGGGUGGCGGCAAACGGCGGCGGCUACUGCAUCUCCAAGUUUGCCGUGGAGUCUUUCUCCGACUGUCUCAGGAGAGAUAUCAAUUACUUUGGGGUGAACGUGUGCAUCAUUGAGCCGGGCUUCUUCAAGACAGCUGUGACCAACCUCGAGCCCAUCGAGAGGGAACUGCACCGCUUGUGGAAUCAGCUCAGCCCUGAAGUGCAAGCAAGCUACGGGGACAAAUACUUGGACAAGUACAUUAGGAUCCAGCGCUUCAUCAUGAACGCCAUCUGCGACUCGGACCUGACCAAGGUGACAGGCUGCAUGGAGCACGCGUUGACCGCUGUGUACCCUCGGACCCGCUACAGCGCCGGGUGGGACGCCAAGCUCCUGUGGAUCCCGUUGUCGUAUAUGCCGUCCUGCGUGGUGGAUAUCGGACUCAAGCUGGUUCUGCCCCGUCCGUCCAAGAGUGUGUGACCACUCACAACUUGAGUCGUUCACCCUGGCGUAGAGGAUGCUGUGAAGCGAGUGAUACUUAUCUGAAAUGCAUUAAUUAGUCUAUAAUUACAAAUAUAUUUAUACAUUAGGUGCAUAAUGCCACUAAUUUAAAGUGAAUAAAUAUGCUUCUCUUAUGUGA